AUGGCGCCUUCUGAACGACUCAAGUUUCAAGAUGCUGAGCUCGACACCGUUGAGAAGGCCCAGGUAGAGAAGACCGCCUCGGACACCAGUCAAACCAUCCAGUCGUUCAUGUCUCGGUCAGUAUUAAUAUCUAUCUUGGGAUUGCGAUCGCUCUUCUUGUUUGGAAAGAACGGUAGCCCUCCCCCACCAAAGAAAUCCGUUCACGACGCGGAUCUAACUCCCGAGGCCACAGCUAGCUUCGUCAGUCUUCUGUGGUUCUCCUGGUUAUCACCUCUGCUUUCCCUUGGCUAUGCUCGUCCACUUGAGUCAUCAGACCUUUAUAAACUCCAGGAAGAGCGCGGAGCCGUUCAGAUUGCCAAUGCCAUUUUAACGUCGUUCGAGACUCGGCAAAAGAAGGCUGCCGAAUACAACGAGCGUUUGACUAAGGGUGAAAUUGGCCCAGGGUUCAGGGGUUUAUGGUGGUCCAUACGGGGUAUUCGCGCAGAUCGCGAGAAACAAUGGAGGGAAAAGGACGGAAAGCGCAAAGCAAGUCUCAUUUUGGCGAUGAAUGACAGCGUCUUUUGGUGGUUAUGGUCUGGUGGUAUUUUGAAAGUCAUCGGCGACACAGCGCAAGUUACUAGUCCCCUUCUCGUCAAGGCGAUCAUCAAUUUUGCCACGGAGUCUUAUACAAACCAUCUAACCGGUCAACCAACACCUCCAAUUGGUCAGGGAAUUGGCCUUGCAUUUGGCCUACUGGCUUUACAACUCGUCGCGUCAUGGGCCAACAAUCACUUCCUUUACCGUAGCAUGGGCACUGGUGUCCUUCUUCGUGGCGGUCUUAUCACGGCGAUAUACUCGAAAUCGCUUCGUCUAUCCGCGAGAGCUCGCGUCAAUUUAAGCAACGGCGAGUUGGUCAAUCACAUAUCCACCGAUGUCUCGCGGAUAGAUUUCUGCAUGGGCUACUUCCAUAUGUCAUGGUCUGCUUUUAUCCAACUUGCUAUUUGCCUGACCUUGCUUUUGAUAAAUCUUGGCCCGAGUGCACUCGCUGGUUUUGCGCUUCUCAUUGUCAUGAUGCCCAUUCAGACCUACACUAUAAAACAGGCUUUCACCCUUCGAAUGAAAAGCAUGCUGUGGACAGACAAGCGUUCCAAGAUCUUACAAGAGGUCCUCAGUGGCAUACGCGUCAUCAAGUUCUUUUCUUGGGAAGUUCCAUUCCUGAAGCGUAUUUCUGAAUAUCGACAGAAUGAGAUGGUAUAUAUCCGUAGCCUUCUGAUCAUAAGAGCCGCGAUGAACGCAAUUGCUAUGUCUCUCCCGACUCUCGCUUCUGUCCUUGCCUUUGUCACAUAUUCGUUGACUGGACACAGUCUUACAGCGGCCAAUAUAUUCGCUUCGUUGACUCUGUUCAACUUAAUCCGCCUGCCCUUGAUGUUCUUACCCUUGGCUCUGAGCAGCAUCGCUGACGCGGCCACAGCAUGCGACAGGCUGCUGAAGGUUUUCGAAGCAGAGACGCUUGACGAGACGCUCGUCAUAAACGACGAUAUGAAAGACGCUGUCAGAGCUAAAGGUGCUAGCUUUACUUGGGAUAGUCCGCCCCCUCGGCCUGAGAAUCCCAAAAAGAAAGGCAAGGGCAACAAGAUGGGCAUGAAGAUGGGAAAGCGCAAAAGCCCUUUAACACCCCCACCAGCUCCUGCAGAUGAUGCCCAUAUUUUCAAAGUUACGGACAUUGACUUGGAAAUACCACGAGGCCAACUCGUCGCUAUCGUCGGAGCCGUCGGCAUGGGAAAAACUUCCCUGCUUCAAGGUCUUAUUGGCGAAAUGCGGCGGACUUGUGGUACAGUUGAAUUCGGUGGAACCGUGGGCUAUUGUGCUCAAACCGCUUGGAUCCAGAAUACAACCAUUCGGGACAAUAUCUGUUUCGGUCGUCCAUUUGACGAGGAGCGAUAUUGGGCGGCUGUCCGAGACGCAUGCUUAGAACCCGACUUGGAGAUGUUGCCCAAUUACGACCUUACAGAAGUUGGCGAGAAGGCAAUGUUCAUCCUUUGUUCUGGAGGACUAUUGGCUGAUGCUCUUCCGCAGGGUAUCUCACUCUCUGGUGGCCAAAAGCAGCGUGUCAACAUAUGUCGCGCGAUCUAUUGCAAUACUGACAUUCAGAUCUUCGACGACCCACUAUCUGCUCUUGAUGCACACGUCGGAAAGGCAGUAUUCCAGAAUGUGUUGAAGAGAAACGUAGAAAAAACUCGCAUCCUGGUUACCCAUGCCCUCCACUUCCUUCCUGAGGUCGACUAUAUAUAUACUCUCGUUGACGGGCGCAUUGCCGAACGUGGCACUUAUGCCGAACUCAUUGCUAACGAUGGUGCAUUCUCCAAAUUUGUCGCAGAAUUUGGGUCAAAGGAAGAUUCUAUGAAGAAAGAAGAGAAAACUAUCGAGGGUGUAGACACCGAGGACAAGAAAAUUCAGUCAGGGUUGGCUGGGAAAGCGAUGAUGCAGACGGAAGAGCGUAAUACUGGUGCCAUAAAGUGGGAAGUAUACCGAGAGUAUCUCACAUCAGCUCACGCCACUGUGCUCUUGCCACUCUUACUACUCUCUUUGGUCCUCACACAAGGCUCCAGUGUCAUGUCUUCGUAUUGGCUCGUUUACUGGGAAGAAUAUAAAUGGCACCAAACGGCAGGAUUUUAUAUGGGCAUCUAUGCCGCUCUUGGUGUCUCUCAGGCGUUAACAAUGUUCAUGAUGGGAUCCGUCUUUGCACUACUCACCUACUAUGCUUCCCAACAGUUACAUGGGAGAUCAGUUCAGCGAGUACUGUAUGCCCCAAUGAGCUUCUUCGAGACAACGCCUUUAGGCCGCGUUAUGAAUCGCUUUACCAAAGAUAUUGACACUGUUGAUAAUUUAAUUGGCGAUUCCCUCAGGAUGCUCGCAGCAACCGCAUCACAGAUCAUCGGCGCGAUCAUUCUCAUAUCCAUCGUCAUACCAUAUUUCCUUAUCGUAGCUUUCUUCAUCGUGAUCUGCUAUUAUUAUGCUGCAUUGUUCUACCGUGCGAGUGCACGCGAGCUGAAGCGUUUGGAUGCACUCCUACGAUCCUCGCUUUAUUCUCACUUUUCUGAGUCAUUAUCGGGCUUGACUACCAUUCGCGCUUAUGGCGAAUUCGACCGAUUCCGCGCAGAAAAUAUCGAGCUCGUUGAUGUCGAGAAUCGUGCUUACUGGUUGACGGUUACCAAUCAGCGAUGGCUCGGGAUGCGUCUUGAUUUCCUCGGCUCGUUGCUGACUCUCGCCGUCGCGCUAUUGACUGUUGGAACUCGGUUCACUAUUUCUCCGGGACAAACCGGUGUCACGCUCUCGUAUAUCGUCAUGGUGCAACAGUCUUUCGGAUGGAUGGUCCGCCAAACUGCUGAAGUCGAGAACAACAUGAACGCCGUGGAGCGUGUCGUGCACUAUGCGAAAGAAGUCGAACAGGAGGCUGCGCAUGAGGUCGAAGAUAGCCCUGCACCGGCCGACUGGCCUUCGCGUGGCGAAAUUGUAAUGAAGGAUGUAGUUAUGAAAUACCGCCCGGAGUUACCACCUGUCCUGAAGGGCCUGAGUAUGUCUCUCUCCCCUGGAGAGAAGAUUGGUGUCGUUGGGCGGACUGGUGCCGGGAAAUCAUCCAUCAUGACUGCUAUCUAUCGUAUAGUGGAACUAGCAUCUGGGUCUAUAUCCAUUGAUGGUGUGGACAUUUCGACCGUUGGUUUAGCGCAGCUCAGACAAGGGUUAUCGAUUAUUCCUCAGGAUGCUUUUCUUUUCUCCGGUACUCUCCGGACUAACCUUGAUCCUUUCGGGCUACACGAUGAUGCCAAGCUUUAUGAUGCAAUGAAGCGGGCGUAUCUUGUGGAGUCAAACAGUGACCUAUCGACCUCGGCAUCAACCCCUGUUGAAGGGCAGUCGGCACCCAGAUUUAGUCUCGACACUCCUAUCGACGACGAAGGCAGCAAUUUGUCGAUUGGGCAACGUUCUCUUGUCUCUCUUGCCAGAGCUCUCGUAAAUGACACCAAGAUCCUAAUUCUUGACGAGGCUACGGCUUCUGUCGACUACGAGACUGACAGCAAGAUCCAGCAUACUAUCGCCAACGAGUUUAAAGAGCGCACAAUCCUGUGCAUUGCACAUCGUCUCCGAACCAUCAUUGGAUAUGACAGGAUAUGCGUGAUGGAUGCUGGGACGAUUGCCGAAUUCGACACCCCUGUUAAUCUCUUCGCCAUGCCGGAUAGUAUAUUCCGCGGAAUGUGCGAACGAUCUUCUAUCGCUCUCGAAGAUAUUCUUUCUGCAUCCAAACAUGCAGCUUAA